AUGGGCUGCACGGCGCUGCGGGAUGUCGAUGCCCGCGCUCGACUGGCCCACACGGGUCUCGUUGUCUACGAUGAGAUCCACAAGUACAAAGGCGCGACUGAAAAAGAAAGUACUGGACCGACCCAACUCGUGAAGAGGCUCUGCGAGGACUGCCGCCCCAAUGAUGAUCAGAUGUAGAUGAUCAUCUGA